AUGGAUAUCUUCAAGUUUUUGUUUGUGCUUCUGCUCUGCACGGCCUCCGCGAGGGCUUUCUGGUGGUCUACACCGCAAACUAAUGAGAUACCCCCUGCCAGCAAGCAGGUGCAGUAUGUGCGUGCAUUCACCUAUCAGCCGGUAGCGUUCCCGGCGCAUUCGCUACUGGCACCACCGCCAUCCGCCUUUAAGUUCAUCCAGUCCAGUCCAGCUCUGUUGCCCAACAGUAUAGCGAUGGGCAAGCAGCAGAUCGCAGCUCCCUUGCAAACGCCUAGCCCACCAGCGCAGCCCGCUACCGCUCCGCCAAGCUACAGCAGUCCAUUUAGCAGCUUCUUCGGCAGUGCCUUUGGAGGACAGUCUGUUGGAUCUUCGAUGGCGUCACACCAACAGCAGCAGCAACAGCAGCAACAACAAUUGCAGCAACAAUUGCAGCAGCAGCAGCAACAACAACAGGUGGUACCUCCCCCAUCAGUGUCGCAACAGAUUCAGAAUGAUGCACCAAGUUACAACCAGGCUGCACCAGCGCCACAGCCACUCCCAGCGGUUCCUUCAUUCUUUGGCCAACCGCAGUCACCGCAACCGAGCAAAUACCCUUACUUUACAAUGGAUCAGGUGCAGUACCUUUCCAGCUUACCAGCGAGCUCACAUACGCCACAGGUCCAGUUCGUGCCCUGCAUGUGCCCGAUUGCGGUCAAUGUCCAAAGCCAUGGGGAAAUUGCCGAUAAGCGGUUAGAUGAGACACCGACAACCGAUGCGGAAGUAGUAGCACCAAGUACGGAGGCUGACAAAUGA